ACAUACUUUAUUCUGUGGAAGGAACGAGAACUUGCUGAACCCUUCCCUUCAUUGUCUAUACUACUGUGUAGAAGAUUGUAGAGAGUUGUAGUAGUUUCAGGCGUCAUGACCGAGCUUCGCUUGACGAGUCGUUUUUGCCAAUUGGGCGUUAGAAGAUUACCGGGUUAUGUAUCUAACCGGGCGCCGAGUGUACCACGACUACUACUCCGACCCAACCCGUUCUCACCCUCCCAACACGUUCAUAUAUCCACAACCAACGUCAUCCCUUCACAUCGUUUUCAUUCAACUCAUUCUCAUUUCAACACAAUGUCAAUUCCAAAAGUUCAAACAGCCGCUAUAGUCCCUGAACUAGGUGGUGACUUGACUAUCAAGACGGAUCAUCCUGUUCCAACUAUCGAUUCUCUCAAACCGGGAGAAUGUCUGGUCAAGAUUUCUCAUACUGGGGUUUGUCAUACAGAUUUACACGCCAAGAUGGGUGAUUGGCCUGUUAAACCUAUGGUACCUCUUAUCGGAGGACACGAAGGUGUAGGUGAGAUUGUUGGGAUCGCACCUGGUACUGCCAAUAGUCCUGUAAAGGUCGGUGAUAGGGUUGGGAUUAAAUGGAUGGCGGAUAGUUGUCUCGAUUGUGAAUUCUGCAGGAAAGGUUUGGAAAUGACCUGCCCCAAAGUCAAAUACUCGGGUUACACAGUAGAUGGUACUUUCUCGCAGUAUGUAGUGUCGUUCGUUCAUCACGUCACCCCGAUCCCCGAGGGUAUCGAUUCGGCCGAAGCAGCAUCUUUGCUCUGUGCUGGUGUAACGGUAUAUAAAGCACUCAAGCAAUCCAACACCAUCGUAGGCAACUACGUCGCUAUCCCCGGUGCUGGUGGUGGUCUCGGUCAUCUCGCCGUCCAAUAUGCCGUUGCUAUGGGUUUACGUGUCAUCGCUAUUGACACAGGGAAAGAUAAAAAGGAUUUGUCUUUGAGCUUGGGAGCGGAGACGUUUAUCGAUUUCAAAGAAGAGAAGGACAUCGUCGGAGCUAUCAAAUCAUCUUCCGAAGGACUAGGUCCUCACGCAGCCAUAGUAGCUUCCGCUUCUGCCGGAGCGUACAAACAAGCUAUCGAUUACCUUCGACCUGGUGGCACACUCGUCUGUGUCGGAAUGCCAGACGCAGAUAUCGGUAUAAACGCUUUCUGGUGUGUUUUCAAAGCUAUUCGUGUACAAGGUAGUUAUGUUGGAAAUCGUCAAGAUGCUGUUGAAGCUUUGGAAAUGGGAGCUGCUGGUAAAGUCAAGGUACAUUAUCAGUUGAGGGAAUUGGAAGAUUUGAAACAAACUUACGAAGAUCUCGAAGCUGGUAAAAUCGCCGGUCGUAUCGUGUUGAAAGUCUCGUAAACUUCCAAUGUCUCGUUAUGAGGACAAAGGUUCAGUCCCGAGUUAGUUCUCAAGUUUUUGUUCGUAGGGAUUGUUCCAUCUAGUUUGGUAUAGCAGGGUAAGAAUAUGAAUUGUGAAUAGAUCAGAUCAGCUCAUCUCUCUUUAUGCUUAUUGACUAAAUUUUACAUGAUGAGUUUUGUGCAUGUUCAUUGCCGUUGAG